UCCUAAUUCGACAUUGCGGAUCAAAGUUUAUCUCCAAUAAAGUGAAUAAAUAAAGUCUCACAUCACCGACUAAAUUCGUCUAGACACACCAUGCUGAAGCUAGUAGUGUUGGUUUCACUGUUCGCCGCAAGUUUGGCGUCCUUUAAAUUCAAUGUUAAACCAGAGCUCGUUCAGUCCUGGCACAAAUUCACUCUUCCGCCACAUGAUGUGUGUGUAGACAAAGAAUAUAUCUCCAAGGAGAGACUCGACAGCGCUUUCGAAAACAUGGAGUUUCCAGAUGAUACGCAGUUUAAAUGCAUGGUGGUGUGCAUCUUUGAAAGGCUGAAGUUCUACAAUAAAGGGAAAGGAACGUAUAAUCAUGAGGUGAUGAUCGAAGAAAUAAAUGGACUAACACAGGAGAUUGCCGAUAAAUGUUACAAAACGCGCGGAUCCGCAGAUGACGACGAUUGUGAACAUAUUUUCCAUGGAGCGACUUGCGCUAUAAGAGCACUGGAGGAAUAAAACUGGUUGUAAUUAUAUACGUCUGGCACUGUAUCAUUGAAUAACAAUGUGGAGUUUUUAUAGCUAAUCAAGCUAUUCGUUAAAAGUUAUAUCAUAUCUCAAACUGUUAGUAAAUAACCUUAUCAUUUUGCAACAAUAAUUAAAAACACUUGACUUUUGU